GUGUAAUGAGAGGAAAAUAACAUGCGAAGAUGAUCGAAAAAGGAAGUGCGCGUAGAAGAAGCUAAAUGUGUAGCUAAAAAUACAUCCUAUCCAGCAACCAACGGUCGUUGGGUCGGUCGGGCCUGAAAGUGCAUUUAAAUAUUGUGUUGUUUUGUUUUGAUGUUUAUAACUUGAAAAUUCCAUCUCUCUGUCCCACUCUCCAUCACUGGUGAUCCGAAGCGAUCGGAAAGAGAAUGGGAGUGUAUGAGCGAGGAUAGCAUCAGCGUGUCAUUGAUACGAGAAACUACUACGGGGAACCAACACAAGAACAACGGAUGAUGGCGAUGGUGGUCGUGUCCGAGCCUGAGAAGAACUGACCAAACAAGUUGCGAUCGAGUGAGUGGAAACUGUCGUUGAAGGUAGCGACGUUUCAAUGACAGAGAAAAGUGAAAUUAAAAGCCCGAAGAUGAAUGAUUCAAUGAUGCCGAAUGGUGGUGCUGGUGGAAAUGGAAGUGGAUCCACUGGAGUAGCUGUUGCAGGUGGUGCCACAGUUGCAGUCUCCAGUGCGAUCAGUGCGAAAUCUGAAACCGGUAACGAUUUGUCGAAAGUGGGCGUCAAUAAUAUGAAUGGCAGUGGAAGUGGUGCGGGGUCCGGUACCGGAAGGGCAAGUGAUAACGGUUCCGAUACGAUGGGAUCCGAGGCGUCAACGGCGUUGAUGAUGAUGGGUCCACCUCCUGGCGCUAGCGUCGGUGGUGCGGGGUCCGGUACCGGAAGGGCAAGUGAUAACGGUUCCGAUACAAUGGGAUCCGAGGCGUCAACGGCGUUGAUGAUGAUGGGUCCACCUCCUGGCGCUAGCGUCGGCCCUCCACACAGUGGACCCCAUCAUCACCAUCUUCAUCACAUGCAUCAUCACCAUGGACAUGGCCAUGGCCAUCAGAACAACCAUCACCAGCAACAACAAGUGGCAGCGGUUCCAAUUGGAAUGAAUAAUGGUGGUGGUGUUGGCGGCGGGUUCUACGAUCAAAAGUCGGAUAUUUCCUCGACGGUGCAGAUUGAGGAAGACGACGGGUUAGGACCAUUGCCACCCAAGUGGGAGAAGGCGUACACCGAUAGCGGAGAAGUGUAUUUUAUCGAUCACAAUACCGGCACGUCACACUGGUUGGAUCCGCGGUUAUCCAAAUUUCAGAAGAAAUCUCUCGAAGACUGCCAGGACGACGAGCUACCCUAUGGGUGGGAGAAGAUUUGCGAUCCGCAUUACGGGACCUACUACAUCGAUCACGUGAACCGGAAAACGCAAUACGAAAAUCCGGUUCUGCAGGCGAAGCGUAUGACCGAACGGAGCUCGACCAUGUCCAUUGGAGGGCACAGCUCGAACGGAAUGAACGGCAGUAUUGGAGGUGGUGGUGGUAGCGGCAGUGUAGGUGGUGGCCAUGACGAAGUGGGGAAUGGAGUUGUGGGAGGACGUGUGAAUCACUUCACGAAAAAUCCCGCCAAUUUGAGAGGUGAUCGAUUGAUGACGACGCUGGUCAAGUCGACGCGAGGGCUCGGAUUCACGAUUGUGGGUGGGGAUGAUAACGUAGAGGAGUUUCUGCAGAUCAAAUCGAUAGUGCCGAAUGGACCAGCGUGGAUGGACGGCAAGUUGAAAACUGGUGAUGUGUUGGUGUACGUGAAUGAUAUUUGUGUACUCGGAUUUACUCAUCACGAGAUGGUGAACAUUUUCCAGUCCAUCAUGCCUGGGGAGGAGGUUCAUUUGGACAUUUGCCGUGGGUAUCCAUUGCCGUUCGAUCCAAACGAUCCGAACACGGAAGUGGUGACUACGAUCGCCGUUGAUGGUUUGAAUAAUGGAGCCAUGACAGAAUCAGAUUUAAAGUUUUUGGAAACCGGAGGAUUCAUGGACUCGGGUGACGUGCAGCAUAAGAAUCCACUGGCGAAGAUCCAGUCCGGGGGUGCCACUGCUAAUGGGGGCGAUGUGUACUUUAGUGAUACGCAUCCAUAUCAGCAACACUACAAAAGCAAAGAAAACGCAUUUGAGAUCCCAGAAAUUUUGCAUAUAAACAUAGUAAAAAGUGAUAAUGGGUUCGGGUUCACGAUAACUGAUAGUUCGUACGGACAAAAAGUGAAGAAAAUACUCGACCGGCAAUGUUGUAAAAACUUGCAGGAGGGUGAUGUUUUAUUGAGUAUUAAUUCCAUACCGGUGAAAGAUAUGUCUCAUAAUGAAGUAGUGCAAGUGUUGAAAGAUUGUCCGAAGAAUAUAGAAACGACGCUGAAAGUGCAGAGAGGACCAUCGGCUUUGCUGGUUGGAAGCAGUAAAAUGACCAACAAACUGAGGAAGAGCAUUGAGAUGGCCAAAUUUGGCGGAGGUUUACUUAAAAAGGACGGUUACAGUAUUGGGGGCAAUAGUUUGUUCAGGAGUAAAACUCCAACGGCGGAUCUCUACAGCACGCAGGCAAAGGAAAUUCUUCCAACGAGACCAAAAACUCCAUUGGUGGACACCCGAGCCAGAGCCAAAACACCUUCCUUGCCAUUGUCCGACCUAAAUACCGAUGAAAUUGAGUUGGACGUAAAUAAGAACACUGGGGAUCAUAAGAUGGAUCUCAACCUGAAUCUCAAAUCUAAUAGCAGUUCCCAUGACAACGAUUCCAUAGCGAACGAUAUAGGUUCGUUCCAUAAUGACGAUCAGUUUAACCCUGGGAAACACUCGAAUCUUGCUGAUAGGCUUGGUGAACUAACGAUAAGCAGUUCCAACAACAGUACCACUGAUACUAUCUACCACAAUCACCAGCCGCAAUACGGCUCUGGGGGUCAUCUCCAACAUCAACCAAAUUACAAUGGCCAUGGGUACAACCACAUGUACUCGCCUCCUGUUGUGCCUCCUCCCCCAGUGCCUCCACUAUCCGCAAAUCAUGCAGGUUAUGCGCCAAACCCUUUGCCAUUGCAACCCACGUAUCAUCAUGAGAGUUGUUUCUGCUACGAUUGCCAGGACUACCAGCGACAGCAGCAGCUUCUUCUCCAACAGCAGCAACAACAACAUCAACAGAUGUACCAGCAGCAAACGCUGAACCGUUCCUACGGGAAUAACCCCAGCCAUCUUCAACAGCAGCAGCAGCAUCCUUAUCAAUUGCCGCCUCAAAUGAGUGACAACAUUGGUAAGCGAUUGAAUGAGUAUUUGAUGGAUCGGAAGCGAUCCAUGCACCAACAGCAACAACAGCCACAAUACGACAACUUGUACCAUCAUCACAAGGCACCGGUGCCUCUCCCACCCCAGCAUCAGCAGCCUCAGCAGGGUCAAGCGCAAUUCGAUCAGCAUUUCUAUCCUACCCAACAACCGGUUGGAAGCUGGCGAUCGGCUGCCGGUCAGCACUCGCCCCAACUGUACGGAGGCGGUGGAGGAGGUGUCCCCUUUAUGGCACCGGUUCCGAUGGAAGAUUACUCCCUGACGGAAGUGACCCUGGAACGGCAGGCGCUCGGAUUUGGGUUUCGGAUCGUAGGCGGCACGGAAGAAGGCUCGCAGGUGACGGUAGGGCAUAUAGUGCCGGGAGGAGCGGCGGAUAAGGAUUCGCGGAUCGCUUCUGGAGACGAGAUCCUCAACAUCAAUGGAGUCAAUGUGGAGAACGCCUCACACCACCGGGUGGUUCAACUGAUGGGCGAAGCUGGCCUUCGCGGUCAGGUGACGAUGAUCCUCCGGAGGCGAAAGCUAUCUAAACCACCACCACCUCCGCCCAAUCCACGGUACCCGUAUAAUGUGCUGGUAUCCCGUAACGAGAACGAAGGCUUCGGGUUCGUGAUAAUUUCCUCCUCCGGCCAGUACCACGGAUCCUCGAUAGGGGAUCUAAUCCCCGGCAGUCCGGCCGAACGGUGUGGAGAACUGAAAAUCGGUGACCGCAUUGUAGCGGUCAAUGGCAUCGACAUCACCGGCAUGAGCCACGGCGAUGUGGUGAAUCUGAUCAAGGAAUCCGGACUCCAAGUGCAACUCACGAUCGGUUGCCCUCGACCGGACGGGGCGGGGCCACCGCUGAUUCAGACGGCAGCAGCGGCCGUAUCCAUAGCGGCGUCCAACGCAUCCAACAACAGUGGGAACGAAAUGUAUGUUAGCAGUAGCAAUGGGAGUAAUCAGGGCGGCGUUGGUGGUCCCAUGGCCAACCGAUAUCCGACGAUUAUGUCCUGAUUGAGAACGAAGCAAGUUCUCCUCAGACGGUCAUCCCAAUCGAUCGAGGAGGAACUGGAGGAAGAAUGAAACCAAAGUAUUUGUUAUAAGUUAUUUUUCUAAUUCUAAGGAAAGUUUGGGUAAGUACCGAAUUAUAUUUUAUAAACGGAUGUGGGGGAACGUAUGAAAGAAUGGUAGCCGGUGGUCUACUGCGCAAGAGAAGGUGUUUAAUAAGCAGUUGCAGGUUAUACAAGUAUUUACAUAAAUCAAACUAUGUAUGUGCAUUGAGAGAACGGUGUUUACACGUGGUAGUAGCUAUAUUUUAUUUGAUUUAGUACUAGGAAACUCGAUAUGAGGGAACAUAGUUUACAAAACGAUACUGCCGAGUGGAAGCGUGUGAAUGAAGAAACGCAGCAGAACUGAAACAAAGUGGCAAUAGAGAGAAUCGUACUAAGCGUGAAGUUUGUUAGGGAGGGUGCCUUGCCUAUACACAUGUGGUUUGCAGUUUGUUUGGUGGUCCAGCUAUCAACUUGUAUUCCCCGCUCGUCGUGCGCUUGCUAUUAAUAGAGUCGUUGCACCAUGCUGUUUACAUUAUACCUUCAACCGCGACUAUAUGGCCAACAUCAUUGUUAUCCAACAGAUAAAAUCAGUUGCAUUCGAGACAUCCAUGAUCCAUCUGCGACUGAAUACAAGUUUAGUAUUUGUUGACUAUGUUAUAGAGUAAGUGCAAGGUUUUGUGUUACGUAAAAAAAUAUUUGUGUCGUCGCUUUUUCACUUUUUAGGCGUUCGCUGUAAACACGUGUUGCUAAUUGGGAAGUUGCACGAUGGGUUUAUGCAGCAUGUUGUUGAUCGAGAAAGCUGGUUUUUUUUUACUUUUCUGUAUUACAAAUUUGUACUAAAAGGCUAAACAUUUGCUAAAAAAAUCAAAAAUUUAAAGAGGGUUCAAUUUGUUAAAAUUUUACCAAUCGACUUAGGUCUGUGUAAAUUUUUUUUUUCCUUUUUUUAUUAAGUUACGUUGCAAACAACAAAACCGUUCUUUUUGAUUUAGCUCAUUUUUCUUAAUUGAUUUGCAAUUGAUUAUAAUGAUAUUUGAAACGAAAUGGUCUUACAAUAGAAAUAAAUUGGUUUUCUUAUUAUGAUAGACACAGUAAAGAUGUUAUACCAAAAACCAUUGAAAUUGUUUUUAUUGGAAUGUUGAUAAUCGAAUGUAACAUGAGUAAGGUUACUGUUCCGGUUACAUAUCCCAUAGCUUCCAUAUUCAUUCUAUCCGAAACAGAGGAAUGGAUACUUACUUGAUACUUGAUGGGCUACAGCUCUUCGAUGAACCUACGCCGAAUGGAGUAUCCUUCUCCACUGGACUCGAUCCUGGGCCAAUCGCUUCCAGUCGCCCUGAACAUUGAGCGCCCUCAGGUCCUCUUCAACUGCAAAAAGCCAUCGUGUACGCGGCCUUCCACGAAGCCUGCGGCCUCUUCCAAGUUCUCUACUAAAUAUUAUCACCGUAGUCUGCCGUGUUGAAUAAGCUUAAUAAUAUCCAGCCCUUUAUACACCGGGUACAAUUCGUGAUUCAUGUGGCGCCGCCAGAUACCGUUCUCCUGUUUACUGCCGAGUAUUGCCCGCAGCACAUUACGCUCAAACACUCCGAAAGCUCUCCGAUCAGCCUCCUUUAACGUCCACGUUUCAUGGCCGUAUAAAGUCACCGGAAGCAUCAGAGUAGUAUACAGCGCGAGUUCGUUUGCAGACAAAGGGACUUAAGCUGGUUACGAAGUCCGUAAUAAGUCCUAUUUGCAGCUGCAAUACGCCUUUUCACCUCGCGGGUAACAUCAUUAUCGCACGUCACUAAUGUUCCAAGAUACACAAAUUCUUCUACCACUUCAAACUUUUCACCAUCCAGCACCAUUUCGCUACCACCACCACUAAUGAACCCACGUUGAUUGUCAGCGACCAUAUACUUCGUUUUGCUGGAAUUGAUCGUGAGUCCAAUCCUCGCUGUCUCCCUCUUAAAAGGCACAAAAGCCUCUUCCACGGCACGGCGAUCAAUCCCUAUAAUAUCGAUAUCGUCCGCAAAUCCCAGGAGCUUAUGCAAUUUUGUGAUAAUGGUACCGCUUCUUUGCACACCAGCUCUCCUAAUCGCUCCCUCGAUCGCUAUAUUGAACAGUAGAUUCAAUAGUGCAUCACCCUGCUUUAGUCCAUCUAAGGUAACAAAUGACGUCGAUAUUUCAUCCGCAACCCUUACACUUGAUUUCGAUCCGUCCAGCGUUAUACGGAUCAGCCGUAUCAGUUUCGCCUGAAAACCAUGUUCAAGCAUAAUUUGCCAUGAUUUAUUCCGUUUCACUGAAUCGUACGCCGCCUUGAAAUCAAUAAACAGAUGAUGUGUCUGCAAGUCGUACUCCCGGAAUUUAUCAAAGAUUUAUCUCAGGGUAAACAUUUGAUCCGUCGUUGAUCGGCCCUCACGAAAACCUGCUUGGUAUUCGCCGACGAAGGACGAAAGGGAGGAAUGGAUAAGCCUUUGUAAAUUUCCGACGAAUCGUCGGAAUGGAUUAAAAUCAAAACCUGGUGCAACUUUGUUAAAUGCCCGUCAAUUCAUUCUUAGAGCGUAUUAGCAACGACCGUGACUCGUACUAUUUUCCUCCGUUAUUGAAGACUUU